UUUCACAGGUGUCGGCCAAUUAGACGCACGUUAACGUGAUUACUCAGUUUCUCCCUUUCCUUUUCUAUUUAAUCCCUUCUCCUCUUUCCAUCCAUCUCUCCCAUAUAACCAAAAUUCACACUCCACCAAUUUCACGUUUCCGCAUAGAUGGGCUUUCCAGUAGGAUACACGGACCUUUUCCUCCCCAAAUUGCUCGUCUCCCUUCUCACAAUCCUCGGCUUCUUCCGAAAAUUCACACACGCUCUUCUCUCCAUCCUUGGCUUCGCCGAUUUCCUCGAACCCGCAGCGGCGUCGUAUCGCCACCACGAGCCGCGCUCCGUCUCGGCGGCGCUCAUCCGCGAGCUCCUCCCGGUGGUGAAAUUCUCCGAUUUGGCGGCGCCGCCGGAGAGCUGCGCGGUCUGCUUGUACGAAUUCGACGGCGAGGAUGAGAUCCGGCGGCUGGUGAAUUGCCGGCACAUAUUCCACCGGAGCUGCCUCGACCGAUGGAUGGACCACGAUCAGAAGACCUGCCCGCUCUGCCGCACGCAAUUCGUCCCCGAGGAGAUGCAGGCCGCCUUCAACGAGAAGCUCUGGCUCGCCUCCGGCAUUUCCGAUCUCUACGGUGAAUAUUUGCCUAUUUCCUCCGAUUUGUAGCGCUUUUUGUAGAUUUCGCUCUCUCUCUCUCUCUAUCUUAUUAUCCCUUUGUAAAAAAUGUAAAUAUUACUCCCUACGAAGCAAGAUGAUGAAUCAAAAGGAGAUGAGUAAACCAAA